AUGGACAACAAAAAAGUGUUGCAUGCAAUAACGGAAGCUCGUGAAAUCCUUGGAGAAAGGACGAGAUUUCAACGAUUGGUAGAUGAUAUCUAUCGAAAUUACGGUAAUGAUCGUGAAACAGAUCGUGUACGAACAACUGCAAUGAGUCUAAUUAAUGCAUUACUAAGUAGUGGUCCUGCUGAGGAAAAAAUUAGUGCAUAUUUUGGUUACUUACUUACUUACUGA